AGGAUCUCUGUGAGGAGAACCGACCCAAGCCGGUGCUCCGAGCCGGGAGGUGCGCUGCUCUCUGCCCGCCUGGAUGGCGUCUCCGGCGGCUGCGAGGCGGAAGAUCCCCCGCCUGCUGGUCCGGCUGCUGGUCCUCGGCGCGCUGCUGCUGCUGGCCGACGGCAAACUGGUCUGCCACUGCACCGGGAAGUCCCGCUGUCACUGCGAGGGGGUCAAAGGUCAAAAGGGAGAAGCAGGAUACACAGGAGACCCAGGACUUCCUGGAGUGAUGGGAUUUCCUGGAAGCGAAGGUCACCAAGGGUCACCAGGAGAAAAGGGUAACCCCGGAAACGCAGGCAUUGUAGGAAUUAAGGGCUCUCGGGGACCUCCAGGAACACCAGGUUUUCCAGGACCUCCAGGUCUCCCAGGGCUUCCUGGGCACGAAGGGCCAAUGGGUCAACCCGGGCUCCCAGGAUGCAACGGGACAAAAGGGGAGGCCGGCUACCGAGGGGUUCCUGGACCUUCAGGACCGCCGGGAUCACGGGGGGCCCCGGGGCCACAAGGCAUGAAGGGAGACUCGGUCGUGAUUCCCCUCAGUCAGGAAAUAAAAGGAGCAGCGGGACCACAAGGGCCAACCGGCAAAAAGGGGCAAAGCGGACAUGGAGGAGAACCGGGCGAACCGGGACGGCCCGGAGCCCAUGGACUUCCUGGAAGACGAGGAUCUGCAGGAAUUGAAGGAGAAAAGGGUCAGGAAGGUUCCAGUCCGACGAGUCCCGGUCCGCAGGGAGGGAAGGGCGAUCGCGGCCCUCCAGGGAUCCCCGGGAAGCAGGGCAUCAAACUCUUCGCUGAAGGACCCAAAGAGCUGAAGGGCGAGCCGGGCGAAGUGGGGCAGAAAGGUUUCCCCGGUCUUCCUGGGGAGCCGGGGAGCCUGGGGGCGAAAGGAGAGAAGGGUGACAGAGGAGAACCUGGCUCACUGGGAAAACCAGGGAAGACAGGAUUACUGGGAGAACUGGGACAGCCGGGCGACCCCGGAGAGUUCGGCUUCAUCGGCCCGCCCGGCGUCGACGGCGCCGCGGGAGAAAAAGGCGACCGAGGGCCUCCAGGUCCCCCAGGACAGACCAUCUCUAAUUACAUAUCCGUGAAGGGCCAGCGAGGUUUCCCCGGGCCCUUUGGACCCGCCGGGUUCCUCGGGAUUCAAGGUCCGAUCGGGUUCCCGGGACUGAAGGGCGAGUCAGGCGAGGCCUCCAACGGACCGCCAGGUUCUCCUGGUCCAACUGGCUCAGGGGGUCCCAAAGGGGAACCAGGACCGCCGGGCCUGGUGGUUACCGGACCGCCAGGAUUGACCGGAGCCCCAGGACCUCUUGGACUUCAGGGAGAGCCAGGAGAGCCUGGAAUACCAAACAUGGACAUCAUAGGACAGGGUGUUCUUGGUACGACAGGUUCAAAAGGCUCUCGAGGCCCUCCAGGGGACAAAGGGGCGGUUGGGGAAAAGGGUCAGAAAGGGCAGGUUUGUAUAGACUGCCAUUUUCAGGCUGGUCCUCCUGGACCUCAGGGACCACCAGGGGCGCCAGGUCAGAACGGGUUGCCAGGUGCGGCUGGAUCUCCAGGACCAGCAGGUAAUAAAGGCUUCAAAGGAGCCGCAGGCCCACCUGGAGAACAGGGCCCCCGGGGCCCCCAGGGCUCCCCGGGGGCCCCGGGGGCUCCAGGCGAGCCGGGGUCAAACCCUCGGCCGGGGCAGAAGGGGGAGGCCGGGGACCAGGGCGAUGCGGGGCUGCGGGGAAAGGCGGGGCAGCACGGAUACCCAGGACCGCCGGGUCCCAAAGGCGAAACGGGACAGAAAGGAAACCCGGGGCUUCAGGGGUCAAAAGGUCACCGGGGCCUGCCGGGCCCCUCUGGUGCCAGAGGAGUGACGGGGCCACCGGGCCCACCGGGCCGCAGCCGUCCUGGUUGUCCAGGACCGAUGGGGCCCAAAGGAGCUAACGGCUACAUGGGAGACCGUGGAGCACCGGGCCCCAGAGGAGAGAAAGGCUCUAAGGGGAACAUCUGGAACAUUCCAGGAGAACCGGGACCGAAAGGCUCCAGAGGACAGCCGGGGGAAACCGGACCUGAAGGUGAGAACGGACUUCUGGGUCUCCGAGGAUGUACUGGUCCAAAAGGUCAAAAGGGCAAUGACAGUUUCUCUCACAAGGGUAACCGGGGCAACGCGGGGUCAAAAGGAGUCAAGGGGUCCAGAGGAGAGCCAGGGUUCCCCUGUUAUGGCAUGAAGGGGCGAGUGGGGCCGCCCGGCCCCCCAGGGCCCGUCGGCCAAAAGGGGAACAGAGGUUUUGGGCUGCCGGGUGAGGCGGGUAAACCAGGCCCUCGGGGGCAGGAUGCCUGUGACGGACCUCCGGGCGAUCCGGGACCGCCGGGACGGCCAGGAGUUCAGGGACCUGCAGGACAAAAUGGCUGCCAGGGGCCCAAAGGUCACCGAGGCGUUGAUGGGGAACCUGGUUCCACGGGUCCACCUGGGCCCUGUGUCCCCGGAUGUCCAGGACCUCCAGGACUGCGAGGUCCAGCGGGUCCAAUUGGACCCACAGGAACGAAGGGGCCGCCGGGUCUGAAGGGAGAUCCUGGGACCCACUGCCCCAGAGUCCCCGGGCUCAGAGGGCCACCGGCGCCACCGGGACCCGAUGGAGUUCCAGGGCUGGCCGGGGAAGUGGGACCCAAAGGCUGGAGAGGGAAUCCCGGAGAGCCUGGAGGCCCAGGGCCGAGAGGAGACAUGGGUGUUCCAGGGCCGAUGGGGUGUCCUGGAAACCACGGACCGCCUGGGACCUGCGGGGAACCGGGACCAAAAGGUCAGAGGGGUCGAGAUGGUUCAAGAGGUUCUCAGGGACCUCCAGGAGAGCCAGGGGACAAAGGGGGAACUGGACCAAAAGGGUUCCCAACAGUCAUUAGGACAACGGGGAAUCCCGGAGACUCUGGAUUUCCAGGACCCAGAGGUUUCACUGGGGAAAAGGGACAAGGAGGCCCCCCAGGGAACCGAGGGCCAAAGGGCCUGGAUGGAAAAUCUGGAGAGACGGGGCCACCAGGAUGUCCUGGAGAUCCAGGUAGAGAUGGAGAGAGAGGUCCUUGUGGUUUCACUGGACCCCCAGGGGACAAGGGAUUCACUGGUAGACCAGGUGAUCCAGGUGAAAAAGGUGCAACGGGAACCAAUGGGCUCCCUGGUUCAGAUGGAGGGUCAGGGAAACCCGGAGAUAAGGGACGUAAAGGAGAAGCAGGUUGUGGAUGGGGAGCUAAAGGCUGUAAAGGAAUGAAGGGGAUUCCUGGACGUCCAGGACCUUCAGGUCCAAAAGGACCAGGAGGACCAGCUGGAGACGUUGGCCCUCUGGGGCCCUGCGGUCCUUGUGGAUUUGUGGGAUCCAAAGGGCCACCUGGAUGCAAAGGUUCUCCUGGUAGAGCCGGUGAGAAAGGUUGGGACGGCCCGCCUGGGAUCUGUGGCCCUCCAGGGCCUCCUGGAAAUCCAGGAUGCUGGGGGUCUCCUGGAGCUCCUGGUCCACUGGGACCCAAAGGAAACCAGGGCCGGGACGGGAUCCCCGGGCCUGACGGAGAGAAAGGAGAUAUGGGCUCAUGUGUACCUGGACCGAAGGGGCCGACAGGACGAAGAGGUCCCCCUGGAUGCGUGGGGGACAGGGGCCCGCUGGGAUGCUGUGGGCCUCCUGGACCCUGUGGACCUGCAGGAGACCCGGGUUACAAAGGCGCUAAGGGACCCCCAGGGCCUCCUGGAUGUGCUGGGAAGAAAGGGGGAGAGUGCAUUGAUGGGACAAAGGGAUAUAAAGGAUUUCCUGGACCUAAAGGACCGAAAGGCCCUAAGGGUCCGUCCGGUCCACCUGGUCCACCAGGUCCUGGUUACAAAGGCCAUAAAGGUGUUAAAGGAGAACCGGGUCCCCCAGGACCACCGGGACCAAUCGGUGACCUCGGUCCUUGUGGACCUCCUGGUCCUUGGGGGCCGCCUGGAUAUCCUGGAAAAAAAGGCUACAGAGGACCGGUUGGAGCAAAGGGUUCAAUCGGUAUGGAAGGGGAGAAAGGACCGCCAGGUAACCCCGGUCCGGGAGGACCAGCAGGACGAAUCGGGAACCCGGGACCAAGUGGGAAGGACUCAUAUUUUCCUGUGCAGCUGGUAUCAGGAGACCCAGGUGAAGAAGGAGCUCUAGGCCAAGUGGGAGGAGUCGGAUCGCCGGGUUUCCCUGGAUUGAGGGGAGCUUAUGGUUCAAAAGGCUCAUCUGGAGCACCGGGUUGGACAGGAACACCUGGGCGCGACGGACUGAGAGGAGAGGAUGGAGAGAGAGGACGAAUCGGCCAGAAAGGUGCGAAUGGAGAGCGUGGCAGAGUGGGAGCCAAGGGUCCUCCAGGUGAGCCAGGUGAACCAAGUGAGCCAGGCGCCGGCCCGCCACCCAGGAGGAACGGCUUCCUGUUCAGCAGACACAGCCAGGACAGCGCCGCCCCUGCCUGCCCGGCCCAGUCCACGCUCAUAUUCAGAGGAUACUCACUGCUCUUCAUCAACGGCUACAGCCGCGCUCACGGACAGGACCUGGGAACGGUCGGCAGCUGCCUGCAGCGUUUCAGCACCGCUCCCUUCCUGAUCUGUGAGACUGGAGAGGAAUGUCGAUACGCUGAGAGGAACGACUUUUCCUACUGGCUGUCCAACAUCAGGAGCCCGAUAAACCAGACCGACCCAGAGGCGGCGCUGGAGUCCAAGAUCAGCAAGUGUUCGGUGUGCGAGUCUGAAGCCAACGUGAUCGCCAUCCACAGCCAGACCAGCGCCGUCCCGCCCUGCCCUGCGGACUGGCAGUCGCUCUGGACCGGAUUCUCCUUUGUGAUGGAAACGGGUGUAGGCGCCGAGGGCUCGGGUCAGCCUCUGGUUUCUCCCGGAUCCUGCCUGGAAAACUUCCAAGGAAUGCCGUUCAUGGAGUGCAGCGGCAGCUCAGGAACCUGCAAGUACGACAACAGCCUGUACAGCUACUGGCUGGCUGCUCUGGACCCUGACAACAUGUUCAGGAGGCCCAGCAGCUGGAUCCUUCCAGGGAACAACCCAGACAACAUCAGCCGCUGCAGAGUCUGCAUGAAGAUCAUGCAGAUGUGACCUUUGACCUCUGUCCUCUGACCUCUGUGGGUCAGAGGACAGGUCGGUCCAACAGCACAUCUGUCCCCCAGGACUCCUGUCCUCUGAGACAGUCAGACAUGAGCAGAACCGGAACCGGUUAUGGUGCCGCUGCGGUGCCGUUUGGUUCUGAGCAGGAAGAUGUCGCGUUGCCAGGUUGGUGAAGAGCCCCAACCGGUUCACAAACUCCUGUUGGGUUUGUUUCAUGUUUCUUAUCAGCAACUUUUAAUGUGAGACCUAAUCUGAGAAAACUUCAGGGUGAGAGUUUAGUUUAUGAAGAGGCAGCAUCGGCCAAUCAGAGGCCAGUCUGAAGCUAACAGCA